CUUUUCUGUCAUAUAAAGGAUGUUAAGAGUAAUUGAAAUCCGGUUCAAAAGUGAAUAUAUAAACGUUUUAAUAAUUCAGACAAAGACACAUCUUCUUAUUCUAGAACCUAAGAAUAACCAUGAAGCUAACAAUAUAUGUCAUCAUUUGUCUUGUGCUGAUAAAUUUCAUUUCCCAUGCCUAUGGAUGUUCAUGUGCGUUUAGUACAAAUCAAGAAAUGUUCUGUAGCGCUACAUUCGUUUCAAAAGGAAAAGUUACAGGAAUUAAGAACCUAGAGGGAAACAAAUUUGAAUACACUGUGGCAGUUAAUCAUAGCUUUAAGAUCAAGGUCCCAAACACACUUAAAGUUAGAUCCGGCGAUCCAUUUAUGUGUGGGGUCGAUUUACAGAAAGGAGUUGUAUAUUUGAUUUCAGGCUAUGUAAGUGGUUCAACAUACCAUACAAAUAAUUGCCACUGGAAUCAGGAAUGGCAGAGUAUUAAAUCUGAUACAAGAAAGAAACUUUUUAAAGGACAAUUUAAUAAUUGUUAGUCGUAAUAUCACAAGUCGUUAUAGGAAGUGUCUGUCAAUAAUAACUUAUAACACAAAGUCAUCUAAAAUAAAUCAAUCUUUCAAAAAGGUAUUCACUUUUGUUCCAAUAAAAGAUUUACCUGCAAACAUUAUUGUCAAAUGUAUGCCACUGGUUCGAGUCAUGGC